AUUACCAAAGCUCUUUGCCGAAGCCUGCAGCACCAAGAUUGGUUGAAACUGGGUGGCAAACACUACAAUUAGAAUUUAAUACGACAGAAUUAGAGGGAUACAAUGAUCUUUAUUAUAUUUUGGAAGUCAAGCCACAAUGGGGUCUUCAAGAGAGGAAUAAUUUCUUUGUUGUGUUUCCUUACACAUGGAAAUACCACUAUGUAAGUACAUUUUGAUUUCUUACCCAUCCUGAAAAAAAGAGUUUUGCACGCAGUAUCAUCUGUUUUAAUUCUUCAUUCAGUACCUAUAAAAAAUAAUUAGUAUGAACGAAACAAACUAUGCAAAGAAACAGCACGAAAAUUAAAGGGUGACAUGCAUGCACACAACUAUGCACGUCAUAUCGUAAAGUAUACAUAUUCAUAAAGUAAUUAUAUUGAAUUAGUUUUCGAUAUGCACGGCCAUUAAUAAAUAAAUACAUGAGGCUUGUGGGCUUUAAACACCUGAUCAUCUAAGAUUGGUCAUUUGCCUUGAUGAUCGACAAACCCCGUUUCCGCGUAUAUGCAAUUUCUGUAUUGCUUCUGACAAUAUAUGAUAAUGUAUUUUACCCACUAGACCAACGAAACAACAUAUGUCGUUAAAGAUCUUGAACCGAAUACUGGUUAUAAAUUCCGAGUAAUUGCAAUAAAAAUGAAUAAAUCGUCUCCAUAUAGCAACUGGAGUAAUGUUAUUAAUACAACAAGUAAGUAAAAUCCAUUAUUAUCCAGUCAAAAAUAGAAAUACAAAAAGACGGCGGGGGGGGGGGACGUAAAUAGUGUGAAGUACGGUGUUAAAAUAGAAAAGUUAAUUAAACUUCAAAUAAUGCGGCAUUUUAAGGCUUAACAUUCAAUUUAACUACACUCCACAUCUACACUACUAUCCCGGGAAUACGAUGAUAGUAAAUUAUAUCGAAGCAUGCAUGCCACAUCCAUUUCCCUUCUCAUAUUCUAGGCAGUCAAAUCCGCGUGUCAUCAGACAAAUCCUUUUGCCACUACAAAUGGUCAUACUCUGCAAUGGCGGGUUGGAUAAAUCUUAGCAUGCACAACAAUAAUGCUAUUAAGUUACAAAUAAGUUGUUGAAAUUACGUUUUAGAAACAUGCAAGAAACUUCCAUGUGGUGUAACAAAUAUUCGCUUGGAAUUGAGGACCCGGAAACCUUAUAAAAAAGAUGAGGAAUUAAACUCCAAAUUCCACUGGAAGCCUGCGCAAC